AUGUCGAGACAACAAGCCAUUGAGCUUAAAAUUAAAAAAGACAGGGAGAUUGCAUUGAAGGCUGGCCGUCGACUAGUUAAAUGUGAUCCUGGUGAUGAAAUCGUUAUAUCUGGGUUUUCUGGAUCGUUUCCAAAUUCUGAUGGACUCCCAGAUUUCGCUGAAAACCUUUUUAAUAAAGUCGAUUUAAUAUCUGAUGACGAUAGAAGAUGGACUAUUGGUACUUAAAUAUAAUUUUAUACGUUUUACUAUGUUAAUUAAUUUAUUUUUUAAUUUUGUUUUGAUUAAGAUCACCCGGAAAUUCCUCAACGAACUGGCAAACUGAAUCAAGUAGAUAAAUUUGACGCAGCAUUUUUUGGAAUUCAUUACAAACAAGCACAUACGAUGGACCCAAUGUGUCGUAUCAUUUUGGAAAAAUCAUAUGAAGCAAUAGUAGACUCAGGUAACACAGCAGGAUAUUUAUAGGUACCAAUAACUACAUUUUUCUAUAGUACAAAACUGGACAAGUUACUCCUCAAUUAAAUUAAAUAUUGUUAGUUAUAAUAAAAAAUUAUUAUAAUUAAUUAGAUUGGAAGUUAGUUUUUUAUAUUUACAACAUUAUACCGUGAAAAUAAUAAUUUAAAUUUGAUUAAAAUUAGAAUUAGUGUUACUUUUUAGAUUCUAAGUGGAGCGAGGAAUGUAUUGGUUUUAUAAAGAUUAAUAUUUUUUAUUUUUUUUCCUAUGGACAACUUUUCUACGAGAAAUUUCGCUCCGAUUUACAAUGAUAGCACUUUUUCUGAAAGGAAAUCUGAAUGGGGUGGUACUUUAGGGAGAUCAUUUUUUGAUUUUUGGUUUUGAAAACAGCAAAUACGUACAAUAGUAAACAAAUAUUAUCAAAGAAAAUAAUGCAUUAGAGGUACCUAUGCAUAUGUAAUUAUUUUACCAUAAUAUGAUAAAGCAACACUAUUAACUGAAUUCUGCUCAGAAUCAUUUUUUCGUUAGCAAUGAUUAAUCGUUGCGCACAGAUAUACAUUAAAUUUCCCUUUUAAAACUAGAAUUUAAACCAACUGCGUUUAAAACUAUUAAUACAUGUAACUUAACUUUUUCCCAGCUUUCUAACUAGUUAAUACAUAGUUUUGUCUAUGCAUGAAUUAUGAAGAAAUAACUUAGUAUAAUUCCAUAGAAUAUUAUUGGUGGUUUUAUACGAGUAUACAAGGUGAUUCACUAAGCGUGCUCGCCCAUUGUUUUUAGUUAAAUUUUGCGAAUAUUCUAAUUCUGAUUUUUGGAAUUUUUAAGUGUAAUUAAAGCCAAUUAUUUUCGAAUAAUUACAUUUUUCACACCAUUUAAGGAGCAUCCUGUGGCAAUACCAACUUUGGUUUUUUCAAAAUGAGAACCUAUAUUGAAAAUUCCAUAAAUAGAUGGAAUAUUAUUUUAAAUAAAUUUUGAUGUUAAAAUUUUUGAUGAGUUGUCGGGAUAUUUCACUUUUAAGUUUAAGUAGGGGGAGAAUACCAUAGUGGAGUGUCAUUUGUGUGGCGGCAUGGCGUGCGGCGUAUUAUUUGUGCUCCACUACUCUCCCCCUACCUAAACUUAAAAGUGGAAUAUCUCGCCGCAGGAUACACCUUAAAUAUUAUGAAAAUAUUGGAUUCAACUACACUUAAAAAUUCCAAAAAAUCAGAAUUAGAAUAUAUUCACAAUUUAACCAAAAACAUGGGGUAAGCACGCUUAGUGAAUCACAGUAUAUGAACAGCUUUGAUUUCUAAAAUUGUUAUAAUUUAGAAACCAGACAUAAAUAAAACCUAAUAAAUAAUAUUCCAAUAGUGUUUUAUGGUUGAAGGCCCUUGGGGUAAAAAAAAGUCAGAGUAUCAAAAAUUAAUCCAUAUUUUUUCCAUAUCUUUAGUUCUUUAGUUAGAAUUAAUAUUCCGAUUUUUCGCAAAAAUAUACGAGAUUUUAACACUUUUAUUCGUUACGAACCCAAAACCCAAAGGCCAUGUCGUUGAAUGGGUUAAAUAAUUGAAAUAUCGAAAUUCUGAUUGUUUGGAAUUUUAUUUAGAAACUACUAAUAGAAAACCACUAUAGCAUAUUUUUAGGUUCAGUUUUGACCCAGAGAGCCAAACAGCGUCUGUGAAUAAUACAAUUUGUCCAAGUCCGCAAAUGCGCACCUGUAAACCCGUCGUAUCUCGGCGGGACAUGAGAAAAUGGAAAAUUCAUUCACGGGUCUUUAGUCAGAAGGGGCGCACAAAAAUAUAUGUAUUUGGCGUUUUUCGAUAUUUUGACUUUUUUUUUCUACCCUAAGAGCCAGACUUCAACCAUAAAAGAGUGUUUGGAAUAUUAUUCAUUAUGUUUUAUUUAUGUCUGGUUUCUAUAUUAUAAAAAUUUUGAAAAUCAAAGCUGUUCAAUAGAGUGCUCACUCCAUGUCUGGUUAAAUUAUAAUUAUAUUCUAAUUUUGAUUUUUUGGAAUUUUUAAAGUGUAAUUGAAGCCAAUAUUUUCAUAACAUUUAAGGUGUAUUUUGUGGCGAGAUAUUCAAAUUUUCCAAGUCUAUUCCAGAUCUUCGUUUUUACAUAUACUUAAUUAUAAUAUUAAAAUAGCUACCAGUUAAUAAUUUAAAAAAAUUACAUUUUUUCUAAUGUUAAGGUAAUGCACCUAAGUCGCUAAAAGGAUCAAAAACAGGAGUAUUUGUAGGAGCAUGCUUCAGCGAAUCAGAAAAAACUUGGUUUUAUGAGAAACUUCAAGUGAAUGGAUUUGGACUUACUGGAUGUGCACGUGCCAUGCUUGCCAAUAGAAUAUCUUAUUGGUUAGGUGUUAAUGGUGAGUUUAAUUUUAUUAUUUACAAAUUAUAACCAGGGCUUGAAAGUUAUAACACUAAAAAAAAUUUAAUUUUUAGCGCUUAUAAUAUAAACACUAAAUUAUAUAGUUAUUAUACACUUAAGAUUUAAGAAAAUCUAAAUAGCACAGAAAAUAUGCAAAAAACACUAAAAUAAAAUCAACAUUCGACGAAAAUGAUUAGGUAUUCUGAAUGAUCGUGAGAUUUUUCAGAUGACAUUUGAUUUCUUCAAGACCAUGACAUUGUUAAUAACAUCUUCAUCAGCACGAUUUGAAAUGUGUAUAUAUUUAUAUAUGUAUAUCUUAAACCGUGGUCAUCAGAUUUUAUAACUUCUUUCAUUAAAAUCAAGGGCAGCUUUUGUUUUUUAGAUACUUAUGUUUCCUAUAUAUUACCAAAGAUACGUAACUCGAUGUAAUUUAUCAGCAAUAUUUUAUUAUAACUAAUUCACUAUCAUAUAUAAAAAUUCGAAGUUGAAAAUUCAAAAACAUAACGUGAAUUAUGAUUUGUGAUAAUGUUAUCAAUUAUGUUGGUAACCAAAAUAAAUUCCGAAUUUUUGAUUUGACGAUACAGUAACCGUCUACUGACCGGAAUAUGUAACCGUAAAUAAAAUCACUAAACUGUUUAAAAUGCCUAAACCCCAAAACGCCUAUUUUAUUGAGGGUAUAUUUUACGAUUUGGUUACUAAUUCUAGUAAACAAUUUGGUGAAUUUUGUAACCGUCCAUUUCGAGAUGGUAAAACUCAGAAAAACAAAUCCCCGGAAAAAAAUCCACAAAACAACUUUACUAUCAAUAAUAAUAUUUAAAGUAGUUUACAGACACUUCAAUUUAUUUAUAUGUAGAAAUAAUUAUCAUUUGAUCAUUGUUAUCCGUAUGGUUGUUUAGUCUAUAGAUUUUAAACUAAAUAAACGAAACAACAAACAUUCCAGAAAAAUAAUUUAUUGAAUAUAACUGUAUUACCUACUCUCUCAAGGGAAACCCGCAUAACUAAAAUUUUAGUUACUAAAUAUACCUUGCCAUAGCUAUUUAUAUUCUAUAUAUUCUAAAAUCUAUUGUUUAGAGCGAUAAAUAAAAUUGUGGAAUUGGGAAAAUACAUUGGAUUUUUUUUUUUUGACAGCAGUAUCCAAUAACAUAUGCGAGCGAACCGACUCGAUACUAUACGAAAUUAUAUUUUUUAGAUUCUGAGUGGAGCGAAACUUAUGGUUUUAUAAAAAUGUUUAUUAUUUUAUAUUUUUUUUCUGUGGACAACUUUUCUACCAGCAAUUUUGCUUCAACUCAGUAGCAUAUCUAGGAUUUCUUCACAAGGGGGGAGGGGGAUAUACAAAUUUGAAAAGACAUAUUCAGUAUACCUACCUACAUAUUUAUUCAUAUAAAAAAAUCUAGUAUAUAAUAUUGUGUACACAUUUUCCAAAAUACAAAGUUAAAUUUUUUUAAAGACAAUGAAAGAUGAUAGAGUACUUUAACACAUUUAACAGUUAUAUUUUUGUAUACUGACAGCAUGCAAAGGCCAUUUAGUCGUUUCUAAAGACAAAUUUAAGAACAUUAUAACCAAUAAUAAGUGUAAAAUUUACCUGACUAGUAGUAUUUCUUAAAUAUGUUUUUACUCGUUGAAGUGUUGAAAACAUUCUCUCAGUGGUCAUUGUCAUAACGGGCAAUGUGCAUAAAAUUUUUUAUUUUAGAAUAUACAAGCCAAGAAAAUUCAUCAAACCAUUUAGACUGAAAUCUAAGACCUCUUUUUUUUGUUUUGUUCCAAUAAAGAAUAUUCAUAUAUUUUUGGCGGUACCCAAAUAUUAUAAAGAUGCAAUUCAAUAUUUCAUAAUCCUAGUUAUAUGGUUACUAAUUACAUAAUAUAGGUGUGUGCAAGCAAGUGUGCGUGUAAUUUAAUGAUACAUUUUAAACUAAUUAUUAAUGAUUUUUCAAGACCCCUUCUAGAAAUGUUGAAAAUUGGUGGUAAUAAAUAACUUAAUUAUUUGUUAAACUGUUCAUACUUAAUACUUAAAUAAUUGAUAAAUGUCAUAACUCAUAAUAAAUAAUUAUAUAAAAUACAGAUUACUUAAUUUGUAAAUAUCAUAAUGUUUAUAGGCUAUACUUACCUACUCAAAUUUUCUUUAAAUGGUAAGAUAAACGAUUGUAUACAUGUGUAUUUGUACUAUUUGUAUAGAGUACCUAUACGCUAAUUCACCAAAUGGUAAAUGGGUAUACGUAGUAUACAGGUAUUCUUACUCCUGUAUACCCUCUACAGAACCUCUGUUUAUUUUUUUUUUUCAAAAAAUAUAUAUAUAUUACAAAAACUCUAAUUUCUAACUAAAAAAUUUAAUUUUUAAAUUUAAACUCUUAUUUAAAACUCUAAACUAGCAAACCAUUGGUAAAAAAAAGGGCGUAAGUAUCAUUAAAGUUUGAAACGGAUUUGUUUCUUACUGAGAAUAUAUUAGGUGUUUGGUACUAAAAAGAAUAAGCAAAUGUUAAUACUCCAAGUCCUGGUUAUGACUAAUAAUUAGGUUAGUAGGUAAAUCUUCAAAUAUUAUAAAUUUAUAUCUAUGUAGUAUGUAUAUGUUGAAUGAAUUAUAAUUAAAAAAAAACCUACAUAGGUCCUAGUUAUUCGGUGGAUUCUGCUUGUUCUUCAAGCUUGUAUGCAUUGGAACACGCAUAUAAAUCGAUUCGUGAUGGCCAUUGUGACUCUGCAUUGGUUGGAGGUUGUAAUUUGUGUCUUCAUCCAUUUGUAUCUCUACAAUUUGCACGUUUGGGUGUAUUGUGUAUGGAUGGACGAUGUAAAUCAUUUGACGAAGGUGCUAAUGGUUAUGUUAGAUCAGAAGCAGUUUGCGUUAUUUACUUACAGAAAGUUAAAGACGCUAAACGAGUAUAUGCAAAAGUCAUACAUGCUAAAACUAAUUGUGAUGGAUAUAAAGAACAAGGAAUAACAUAUCCUUCAGGACCUCUGCAACAAAGAUUAUUAGAAGAAUUUUAUGAAGAAUGUGAAGUAAAACCAUGUGAUUUAGCUUGGAUAGAAGCUCAUGGAACAGGGACAAAAGUAUAUUAAAACAUAAUAUAUAAUAACAACCUUAUGCAUUUAAUAAUAUUUGUUAUAUAUAGGUUGGUGAUCCCGAAGAAGUCAAAGCACUAGAAAAUGUAUUUUGCCCCGGACGCACAGAACCUUUACUAAUCGGUUCUGUAAAAUCAAAUAUUGGCCAUUCUGAACCUGCUUCGGGUCUAUGUUCUGUAGCUAAAGUGAUAAUAGCUAUGGAAAGUGGUUAUAUACCCCCUAAUAUAAAUUUUCAUACGCCAAGAGAAGAUAUAACGGCAUUUUAUAAUGGCCGUAUUAAUGUAGUAGCUGAAAAAACACCCUGGAAUGGCGGUAUGGUUGGUAUCAAUUCGUUUGGUUUUGGUGGUGCUAAUUGCCAUGUAUUACUUAACUGGAAUGAAAAAGUUAAAAUUAAUAAUGGACUUCCCGAAGAUGAUUUGCCCAGAUUAGUUGUAGCAUCAGGUAGAACGGAAGAAGCUGUAACUAUCAUACUAAACGAUGUAAGUUUUAUGAAUACUUAAGUGCGAUAUACACACAAACUUAGUUAAACAAUAUUUUAAAUUGCAGUUUUUGUCAAGACCAUUAGACAGAGAGUAUGUGCGUUUGUUACAAGAUGUUCAGGCAGAACAGAUUCCUGGACAUCUUUACAGAGGAUUCACUAUUAUAUCCAAAGAACCUAAAUUAAAUCGCCCUAUGGAUUUCCAAGUACUUACCUAUUUUAUAUUGUUUAAAAAAAAAUUAUAUUUAUAGAUAUAUAACCUUAUGCAAUAAUUAUUUUUACUUCAAAAACUGUUAUAAAGAGUUAUACAAGUUUCCUUAAUACUUAUAAUUUAUUUUUACUUGAAUUUAAAGUUCACAAUUGAAAAUAUAUAUGUAUAAAAAAAAAUAUUAAAUUUUACUUCAUCAUAUUGGUGUAAAAAUUUGUGGGAUACAAAAUAUAUCUGAACCAAAUGACUGUUAAAUUUACUAUUAAAUUAAACUGUACCUAGAAUUUCAAUGAUGAGAAUGAUUUGAUGAUAUACAUGAUGAUUUAUACAAAUAAUUUAUUCUUAAAAAAACUUAUAUUUUUGUUGGGCUUUAUGUUAUACUCAACCUUACAAUUACACAUUACUAAGCAAUGUUUACUUCUAGAAUUGUCUAAGGAUUAUUCAUUUUAUUAAUUAAUUAAUUAAUUUAGUAUUAUUCUGGAGAACCACGUUCUGUAUGUUUUGUGUUUACUGGACUGGGUUCUCAAUGGACUGGAAUGGGCAAAUCACUAAUGAAACUACCUAUUUUUAACGAGUCGAUCCAAAAGAGUAAUAACAUCUUAAAAGAAUUUGGACUCGAUUUAAUAAAAAUAAUAACAAACUCUGAUCAUCAAACGUUAAAUAAUACAGUUAAUUCAUUUGUGGGAAUCACAGCCAUGGAAGUAAUUGCGUUUUUAAUAAGUUUUUAGUAAAAAUGUUCAAAACUUAAAAAUUGUUUUUUUAUAUUUUUGAUAUUUAUUUUAGAUCGCCUUAUUUGAUUUAUUGAUUGCUAUUGGAAUUACUCCAGACCUUGUUAUUGGGCUGUCUACCGGAGAACUGGGAUGUGCAUAUGCGGAUGGCUGUUUAACUGCGGAACAAACAUUAAAAGCUGCUUAUUAUUAUGGUUUAGCUGUAGNAACUCUCAAGAUAGUUGUACCAUAUCUGGUUUAAAAGAAUCUGUUGAACAAUUUGUUUCGCAGUUGAAAUCAAAAGAUAUUUCAACUAAAAUAAUAAAUGUAUUUGAUGUGCCCUACCAUUCAAAACUUAUUGAAAAGGCAUUACCAUCACUGCUGGAAAAUUUGAAAAAAAUUGUGCCACAUCCUAAAUUACGAACAGGAAAGUGGAUUAGUACAUCAGUACCUGAAAAACAAUGGGGAACAGAUAAAGCAAAUUACUGUUCUGCCGAAUAUUUUGUGAAUAAUUUAUUAAAUAGUGUAUUGUUUGAUGAAUCAAUUGGACAUUUACCAAAGGGAUCUGUACUGAUAGAAUUAGCUCCAGAUGGCAUUCUAUGUGAUAUAAUAAAUCAGAAAUUAAAAAAAAAUAUUUACACUGUUGACUUAGUUUCUAAGGAUCACAAAGACGCACUUGGGUAUCUGUUGUCAGCUUUUGGACAGUAAGAGUAUGAUAUUUUUACUUUUUAGUUAUUAUACACUUAAAAUGUAUAUGUUUAAUGUAGACUAUUUGAAGCUGGUAUCAAUCCAAAAAUUAGUAAACUUUACCCGGACAUUGAAUUUCCAGUAAGUCGAGGUACACCAAUGAUUGCACCUUUAAUACGGUGGGAACAUUCAGAAGAGUGGUAUGUGACAAUGUAUCGUGUUCAAGACAAAAUUAAAUCAGGGGAGCGUAAUAUUUUAAUUUCAUUAAAAGACGAUGAAUAUGAAUACUUAUCUGGUCAUGUCAUUGAUGGAAGAAAUUUAUUCCCAGCAACUGGAUACCUGGUACAUUUGAAUAUAUUUUUAGAAAAACUUUACCUAAUAUUACUAACACCUAAACUUAUAUAACUCAAGUUUAGUUCAAAUGUAGUUUGAAAGUAUUAUGGAGUAUUGCAAAACUAACCUAGACAACCAACUUUUCAAAUAAAUUUGUUUUUAUACUUUUCAUUUAAUCUUUUUGACUUCAUAUAUUAUUAUUGAACAAUCUUAGAAUGUUUAGAAAUAGUGUAAAUAGGUAGGGAUCCAGUUGGUGUUCCUUUACUCUAAUAGGUAUCUACUUUUAAAAUGUCUUCAAAAGUCAUAUUAAGACAUAUUUUUGAAAUUCAUUCAGUUUUAAGUGUAUUUAAAAUAAAUAACAUAAUACAAAUACUGACACUUACUUUUUAUUCACGUUUUAAAUGUAAAAAUUCAUAAUAUAAUACGUUUAAUGGAUCUUACAUAUAUCAAAUUAAAAAUAAGAAGCAAUUAAAUUUUUAAAUCAAACUGAAUAAAUUAAAAGUGAAAAAGAUGUAUAAAAAAUAAUAAUAAAUGAUAAAUAGAUGACAACAAGUAAAAUAAUUUGAUCAAAUUUUUAAUUGGGUCAAAAGUCUUUUUUUCUUUCGUCAUCAUUCCAAACAUUUGGGGCCAUUACUUUCAUUCUAGAGUUCCGGUGAACCAAAUCUUCUACCUCGCAUAAUUUAGCUAUCCUCAUAUCAUUCUCAAUCCUUGAAACACUAUUAACUGAACUUCGCUCAGAAUCGUUUUUUCGUUAGCAAUGGUUUAUCAUUGUUUACAGAUAUACAUUCAAUUUUUCCUCUUUUACCUUUUCAACUCCUCACCUACCACAGUGGCCCAUUCACGUGUGAAGUAUGUCCGUCUUUUUUAGACUUCCUCUCUACCUAUUUACUCUUGCGUUUAUUUUCAUUACGAUGCUUACUGUUUCAGAUUCCUCUCUCUCCCUAUGCUUAAACCAUCUCUGUCUAUUUUCUCUCAUUUUGUCUACAAAGCCAUGCUUGAGUUACCUCUUUAUAUACUCAUCCCUUAUCCUAUCUUCUCUUGUCACUCUACUUGUCUACCUAAGCAAUAGCAUUUUUGCUUCAUUUAUUUUCUGUUCUAUUCUUCUGUAUACUGCUGCCUUAUACUGAACCAUAUACAUAGUCUCGCCAUAAUUAAGUAGAAUUUAACUUUAAGUUUUAUUGGAAUUAUCUUGUCACAUCACAGAAAACAUAAAAUACCUGAUACUUCACUUCUUCACUUCAUCUGAUCACAUGUAAUCCUACGUUUCACAUGUUAGUGAAAGUUACUAUUAUUUUGUAAAAAUGAUCCUAGGUAUAUAAAACUCAACCAUGCCUAUAGCUUAUGACAUCACUGCUUAUUUUUGUUAGUUGUCUUAUCUUGUUCCUCCAAAUAUUUGAAUAUUAUUUACCUAUAUGCUACUUAGGGCAUUUCGCAUAGCUAUAUAUCAUAUUAUCUACCAAGACGCUUGUAGUAUAUGAAAAUUCUAUUGAUUAUAUAUAACCGUCUUGACUUGAAAACUCUAUACCAUCAUAUAAUAUAAAUUUAAAAUAUUUUGUUGACUUAAAAAAAGUAAAUUUAUCAUAAUAGUUGAUUGUUUAUGGAUCCAAAUGUAUCAUUUUCAUUAGUAAAAAGACUAAUGCCACCUCUCGCGUAUUUUUAGAGGAUGGCACUGAUGCCAGGUCAAAAUAACUCCCUAAUAAUAUGUAAAAAUUCUAACUUAUAUACAUUUAAUUAUGUAUUCAUUUUAAAAUUUACUAGUAUAUUGUGCUCAUUAAUAACUCCAUUUCCCUUAAUUUAAAUAGGUAAUGGCAUGGGAAACAUUAGCUUUAAUGCGAGGCGAAUUAUUUUCUGAAGUACCUAUUGUAUUUGAAAAUGUUCGUUUCCAAAGAGCAACUAAUAUUCCUAAGGAUGGUAACGUUGAAUUUAUUGUUAUGGUACAAAAAGGUAGUGGUACAUUUGAGGUAGUGGAAAGUGGAGCACCAGUUGUCACUGGUCGUUUAUAUAUUCCUACCGAUGUCAACAAAGAAAUGAUUGACAUGCCUCCACAUCCUUACGAACCUAAUGAUACAGAUUUAAAUAUUAAGGAUGUUUAUAAAGAGUUAAGACUUCGAGGAUAUAAUUAUAAAGGACUGUUCAGAAGUCUGAAUCGUGUAAAUCUUGAUGGUAAGUAAAAGUAGUAAAGUUAAAAUAUAGCAUCAUUAAUUUUAAAUUUUUAUUGGUUUUAUCCUUUUAGCAACUGUUGGUACAAUUGGUUGGUUUGAUAAUUGGGUAGCAUUUAUGGAUAAUAUGUUACAAAUACAAAUAUUAAGUGAAGAUACACGAUCACUUUUUGUCCCUACCUCUUUACAGAAACUUUUUAUUAAUGUGAAAAAACAUUCAUUAGUCUUACAAUCACUCCCUGAAGAGAACCCUGGUAAUUAAUAAAUGCAUAUUUUUAAAUAUUAUACUCAUAAAGUAAAAUUUUCAGAGAUCCCUGUUUAUGUAUACCCAGAAAUAGAUCUUAUUCAAUCUGGUGGU